GUAACUCGCACACUGAAAUACGGCCACACUACCCGCCCCAGACGCUGUGCAUUCUCAAAAUUAGUUAAUUAUUUACUUCGGCGAGCAUGCAAAAUCCGAGUGUCACAAUCGAACGCAAACGCGUCGACUGCAGCGCCCUGCCGAAAGGAUGGCAGCGCGAAGAGGUCCGCAAGUCCGGCAGCAGCUCCAAUAGCAACGCCAGCGCCUCCAACACCACCACCGCCAGCAACAACAACAACAAUAACAAGGUGGAUGUUUUUUACUACAGUCCCACAGGAAAAAGGGUGGAGAGCAAGCCGCAGUUGGCGCGCCAAUUGGGCGGCGAAUCCUUUGACAUCGCCAGCUUUGAUUUCCAGUCCGGCAAGAUGCAGCAGCAACCACACCACCAGCGGGCGCUGCCCUCGCCCUCCAUUUCGCUGUACCGCUGCAGCGCCAUGCCGCUGCCGUUGACGGGCGGCGGUGGUAGCAGUGGCCACGGUUCAGCGGCCAACGCGCUCAAGCGGAAGUUGGCCCGCUCGCAGCUGGGCAACCAGGCCAGUGCUGGAUCAGGCUCGGGAUCAGCUCCAAUACCAGCAACGGCGGCAGCAGCAACCGCCUCCUCCUCCUCGCCCGCGUCAGCCAACCGCCAGCAACAGCAGAUUGAACUCAGCCGGGCCCUGCGCACAGAUGUUUCCCUGGUGCCACCCAUCCGACAGACUGCCUCGAUCUUCAAACAACCGGUAACGGCAAUUCGAAACCACAGCCAGGACCCUGGAAAGGUGAAACCCGACGCCAAACAUGGCACUCAGGAGAAGCCCAAACAGUUGUUUUGGGAGAAACGACUGGAGCGACUGCGCGCCUGCCACGACAAUGGCGAGGAACUCGAUGACAUCUCACUGCCCAAAACCAUACGCACUGUUGGCCCCAAUGUCAACGAACAGACCGUCCUCCAAUCGGUGGCUACCGCUCUGCACAUGCUCAAUGCCGGCGUACACGGCCAGAGUUCGACAAAGGCUGACUUGACCAAGAAUGCGAUGGCGUUCAUGAAUCCCGAACAGCCGCUCAUGCAUGCGGUGAUCAUCUCCGAAGACGACAUACGGAAGCAGGAGGAUCGGGUCGGUGUGGCGCGGCGAAAGCUGCAGGAUGCACUCAAGACAUGAGUGCCAAGCUUCUCCCUCAUGCAUCUACAUCUACCGAUUCCAUUGUAGACUCGUAACAUCUCUAUUUAUCGUAUUGACUCCCUACUAUUCGAAAUCUACUUGUAAGUCUAGCGCGUAAUAAACCAAAACCAACUCCAA